GUGACCAACAUUGUGUCUUGGCAGGGCAGGCAGACAGGUGAUAGUGUGUCCAACCAUCCACCCAUCCAAGAUGUAUUAUAUAUCUCCACAACAAUCAAUCCAUUUAUCCAUCCAUCCAUCCAUUCAAUCAAUCAAAACACAAGCAACUUAUCAAUCGGACACAAACAAACACAU